AUGGGUUUCCCUUUACGCUUGUUAUCAUCACUGUUGUUGUGCCUCUUGGCCCUCCUCCUCCACCGGGCCACGGUGACAAGCCAAGACUGCUGCGCAUGGGAGGGGGUCAUCUGUGGUGCCACCACUGGCCACGUCGUCAGGCUCGACCUCCGGAAUACGUUUGAUCGGGCAUUACGCGGUGAGAGGAUGAACUCGUCAUUGCUUGCUUUAUCUCAUCUGAAGCACUUGGAUCUUAGCGUCAAUGAUUUCAGGAGAAUCUGCAUACCGGAAUUCAUCGGCUCCUUCAAGAAACUGAGAUACCUCAAUCUAUCUUCUACACGAUUCAUGGGAGGAAUACCUGCUCGGCUGGGGAACCUUUCGAGCCUCUACGUUCUUGAUCUAAGUGAUGCUUUACGUCUUGCACCCCUUGUUGACAACCUCGACUGGCUCUCUCAUCUUACCUCCCUGAAGCACCUGGAGUUGAGCUGGUUGAACCUAACCGGUGCCCCAGAUUGGUUCUCGUCCGUGAACGUACUGCCAUCCCUCCAAGUGUUAAGUAUGUAUUCCGUUGGUCUCAAGACCAUCCCAGCUUCUGUUGUCCACGUCAACUUCACCUCCUCUCUUACCGUCCUUGAUCUCUCCUCUAAUAAUUUCAACUCCACCUUACCCAAAUGGUUGUGGAAUAUUAGCAGUCUUACCCAUCUUGAUCUCUAUAAUUCUGGAUUCCAUGGCGUUAUUCCUGAUGCAAUUGGAGACUUGGGCUCUCUUACUUUUCUUGAUCUAGGAGUCAAUCAACUCGAGGGUACCGUACCGAGAUCCAUGGUUGAUCUCCAUAGACUGAAAGAAUUACAUAUGCCGAGGAACCAAUUGACAGGAAAUUUGAGCGGUUGGCUGGAGCAAAUGACGAAUCUCAUCAUUUUGGAUCUCCGAUCUAAUUUAUUCAACGGUUCCAUGCCUUCCUCCGUUGGUAAAUUGUCUAAUCUCACUGAAUUGUAUCUCGGUGGAAAUUCUCUUGGAGAUGUCAUUUCACAAGUUCAUUUUGAGAAUCUUACACGAUUGCAAGUGUUGGGUUUGUCUGGCAACCCCAUCACCAUAUCAAUUGGACAGAGGUUACGGUUUCUUGAUUUGGCUCAAAAUAAUUUUGUUGGAAGUAUACUGCUAUGGAUGGGAGAAAAUCUACAACAACUGGUAGUGCUUCGUCUACGUUCAAAUAUGUUUUCAGAAGUUGUUCCUUGGCAACUUGCUUGA